CUCCCCCGUCGUCUCCACCUCGUGGUGUAGCCGGUAUCACCCUUAACCCGUCGCCCGCCCUUGGAGUUAGGACCAAAAAUUGAGUGAAAAAUGUCGUGGUUGUUCGGAAUCAAACCUAAACCGCCUCAGGGCGACGCGAACUUCCCUCCGCCUCCUCCUCCAGGAACGUCAGGCGGCCAAAAUGCCGAUGGAGGGCAAAACCAAUCGGCGAAAAGUUCUCAAAUGGAGGCGUACAGGUUCGAUUCGUCUGCCCUGGAAAGGGCAGCCCAAGCAGCGAAAGAGCUUGAGAAGUCGAGACAUUCAGGCGAAGCUCUGGAACUAUCUAAACUUCAAGAGAAAACCAAACAGUCAGAAUAUGCCAUGAAAGUAAAAGAAUAUGAAGCUCAUAUUGAGCAAAGUAAAAUAGAACAGAAAAGGGUUGAAGGAGAUGAGAGGCGGAAAACAAUUCAAGAAGAAACCAAGCAACAUCAGCAAAGAGAGCAGUAUCACGAUCAACUGGCAAGAAAAAGGUAUGAUGAUCAACUCCAUCAACAAACUCAAAUAAAUGAACAGAAUCUGAGAAGACAAGAAGAAUCUGUUGCCAAGCAAGAAGCAAUGAGAAAAGCCACCAUUGAAAAGGAAUUAGAAAUGCGACAUCAGCUAGAAAUGAAAAAAUUGGAGGCAGAAAUGCGAGCAAAGGCUAAAGUUGACCGAGAAAAUCAAGACCUGACCCUUGAACAAAUUCGUGUGAAAGCAGCUGAAAAACGGACAACAGUUUUAGAAUCUAUCAAGACUGCUGGGUCGGUUCUAGGGUCUGGCGCCCAGGCAUUGUUGACUGAUUGGGACAAAGUUCUGGCAGCAGCUGGGGGCCUUUCUCUUCUAGCAUUAGGUGUAUAUACUGCUAAGGGUUCAACAUCUGUUGCUGCCCGUUAUAUUGAGGCAAGACUUGGUAAACCAUCUCUUGUAAGAGACACAUCACGCAUUACUGCUUUAGAUGCUUUGCAGCACCCUGUGCAAACUGUCAAAAAACUAAAGAAUAGAGAGAGUGAUGCUUUGGAGGGUGUAGUUUUAGAACCCCGUCUUGAAGAACGUUUAAGGGAUAUUGCAAUAGCCACCAAGAAUACUAAACAAAACAGGGGUAUGUACCGGAACAUUCUUAUGUAUGGACCUCCAGGAACAGGAAAGACCAUGUUUGCUAAAAAACUUGCUAUGCAUUCUGGUAUGGACUUUGCCAUAGUUACUGGAGGUGAUGUGGCUCCCAUGGGCAGAGAUGGUGUUACAGCCAUUCACAAGGUGUUUGAUUGGGCUCAGACCUCCAGAAAAGGUCUCCUAUUGUUCAUUGAUGAAGCAGAUGCAUUCCUUCGGAAGCGCAGCAGUGAAACCAUUAGUGAAGAUCUACGAGCAGCCCUUAAUGCUUUCUUGUACAGAACUGGAGAACAAAGUGACAAGCUUAUGUUGGUGCUGGCAUCAAACACUCCAGAGCAAUUUGAUUGGGCUGUGAAUGAUCGUUUGGAUGAAAUGGUCGAGUUUGAUCUGCCUGGACUUGAGGAGCGGGAACGUCUUAUGAGAUUGUACUUCGAGAAAUUUGUUCUUUCUCCUGCAUUAGAAGGCCAGAAGAGAUUGAAAGUGGCACAGUUUGACUACAGUGCUCUCUGUUCUCGAAUGGCCACUCUUACUGAGGGAUUGUCUGGUCGUGAGAUCUCCAAGUUGGGUGUGGCUUGGCAAGCCGCUGCUUAUGCUUCUGAAGACGGUGUUCUCACUGAGCAGAUGGUGCUUGACCGCUGCCAAGAUGCUAUUCGUCAACAUAGGCAGAAGGUGGAAUGGCAGUCAGACCAGGAACGUCAAGAAUCCAAAUCUAUUUUAUCAUCAUCCCCUUCAUAUCACUCAGAGAAAGAUUCUCACUAUGUAAAUCUUGUCAAUGCUAGUGCUGAGACUGCAUCUCCAAAGAUAACAAUCACUGAGAUUGAAGACACCCCAAACCAGGAUAAAACAAGUGAAAAGAAGAAGAAGCGGAGCAAGGAGUAAAGUUAAAAUUAAAAUGAAAUGUCCUAGCAUUGUACAAAGUUCAGUAGCUGAAACCUGAUGCAUUAAGGUUAUAGCAGUGAUUCAAGAUUGACCUCUCUUCUCCUGGCAUACUGUUGUUCCUACCAAUCUGUGGCAUGGCUUUCAGCCUGUAGGAAGUGAGGGUGUGUGUGGCGUCAUCUUCACACUAGAUAUCACAUUCCGCGAUGUAGGCACAACUUCUCUUCUUCAGGCCCUUCUUUUUCUGUAUCAGCUUUGUCCUGUAGUCCACUACGGCAAAAGAUGUCUGAAGUUUUAUCCGCUAUUUGCUAAUUUGUGAACCUAGUCGUAUCUUUUUUUUUUUUCGUGAAUCCUGUUAAAACAUUUGUUCAUAGCACAAUGUGUGUGUCAUUUAUCAUGUAUCACACGGCGCCUGAUCUCGAUCCUCGAUCUGCAUAUUUUCAUGUACCAGUUGGCAAUGCAUGGGUUAUAUUGGCUUCAUCCCAUGUCUGGGAAUCUUCUUGUUCAAUCUGUGCAAAUAUGUAAUGCAAUCCACUUUCCAUGAAACAGUGGUUGUGUUUAUUUAAAAAAAUAGAAAACAAUUGUACAAGUGUAUGUGUAAAAUUAUGAUGCACUCAUGAAUGGCGAGCACACUAUUUUUUCUCCCAUAUGUUUGUACUGUGUAUUUUGUUAUGUAGUGGUUAAUUGUUAUAACAUGGUAUCAGGGUAACUUUUUCUUGUUCCCAGUGUCCUGUAAUGUAGUGCAUUCAGUAAAUGUGCUGUCAAAUAUUAAGGAAAUGUUUGGUUGUAUUGUAUUUAGUAUGACUAAUUGGCGUGUUUGAUUACCGUAUUUUUGUGCAUAUUUUAAACUAGCUUUAAAUUGAAAGAUUGAA